AUGAAGUUCCGAAGCGUUGCAUCAAUCGCGACUUUCGUAGGCCUCGCUGUCGGCCAGACGCCUGCCGGAUUCGAACCCGCGGUCGAAGCGAACCUCGCAGUUAGUUUCGGAAGCAAGGCAGUCGAUGAGCCCGGCGCUUCCUUCACGAAGGAAGGCACUGCCGAGCCAUUGGAGGGCACCUACAUUCUCGCGGUUAUUGACAUAUCCGUGCCUGCCUCCUUCACUCCAGGCAACUACGAACCCCGCCGAAACAUGCUCCACGCUCUCGUCGCCGGCUUCACCUCUAGCAAAGAAGCCAAUGCGGAUGGCCUCUACAUCCUCGAAAAUGCCGAUCCCUCCGGCCCCGCCGCUUACAUCGGUCCCUCGCCGCCGGCCGAAACCCCGCCGAAGGCGCACAACUACGUCGAGCUCCUCUUUGAGAAGACUGAUGCGUACAAGGAGCCCCAAGUUGACUAUAGCGGGUUCAAUAAUAGGCUCGGUGUAGACGUGGCGGAGCUCAUUGCUACUCUUGGGCUCGGGGAGCCUGUGGCGGCCAACUAUUUCAACGUCACGGGCGUUUAG